AUGAGUGUCCAGCCCGCCCAAGACUCAGCAAGCGACUGCCACAUGCGGAUCAUCAUGGAGUCCCUUGCAAGGCGCUUGGAAGAAGAUCCCGAGGAGUUUUGCUGCCCCAUCUCCUUGUGCCUAUUUGAAGACCCGGUGCGUGCGGAGGAUGGUAAGACUUACGAAAGGAAGGCCAUUCAGGAGGCCCUGCGACAUCGGACCGCGAGCCCCUUGACCAAUCUUUUCAUGGGGAGGAGGCUGGUUCCGGAUGAGAAGAUGAAGACAGCGAUUGUGGAGUUUAAGGAGAAGUUGGUGGAGGAGGUCGUCUCACACGCCCCGUUUAUGUCCCACCUGCAGGCGCUGAAGCUUCUCUUCAGAGCCGAGGGCUUUGUUCGUGAGAAGCUGCCCGACCCGAUAGCCAAGGACUCCUUGAUGACAAUCUUGAUGCGCAAGGCGCAGUUGCCAAGCCCACUGCGUGGCGAUGCAUUGGUCGAGCUGUGCAGAAUGUGUCAAGAUGCCACAGUUGAUUUGAAGAUGGUUGUGGAGAAGUUCGUUGUGAAGCUUGGUAUGAAGUCCCAGCUUGCGGAUUUGGAUGACCAGACCAUUGCCAGGUUCUGCCUGGCAGCGCAUGUGCCCCCCAAGUCGCCGUGCUGCCAUGCAGUUGACCGAGAGCAAGCAUGUAGGCUGGCACUGAAGUCCUUUGAUGAAUUCGGUGCACGCCAGUUGUGGAAGUUCGUUCAGAAACAUGCCGUGUGCGGCAAUCCCGAGUGGGUCAAGGCGGCCGCACUUGUCAUGGCUGCCCGCCACAAUCUCAUCACCGUCUCCCCCGAGUUGCCCUGCAACAUCUCCAGGCAGGCCGUGGACUACAUGCAGGACCGUGCCAUGGCUGUGUCACAUGCUCGGGAGGUCUUCCGUACAGACCUUGGGCUGGAUGAUCCGCUCGGAGGCAGUGUGCAAGUCCAGGCCCAGCUGCUGCUGGGCAUGGCUUCUCAGCAGGAGGAGCCCGCUGCGCAGGUUGAGCUGCUGCUGGAAGCCGCAUAUGUCGAUCCCAGCAACACGGAAGUGCUGGGGCACCUGAAGGAGUUCUUCACAAAUGAGCUGCAGUCCAAGGGCAGGAUGGCCAGGGAAGAUGCUUUCAUCAGCUUCCUCCUUGAUGCACAUGGCUGUAUCCCGGAGGAGUUUCUGGGUAAACUUCCCCUGGAGGAUGGCACCAUCCGCGCCCUGCGGCCAGAAUCAGCCUUCAGACUGGCCGACCAGCUCCAGUCAGCGGGGCGUGGAGAGGAUGGCGCGAAGGUCGUGCUCACGGCGUGUAAGGAGCUGGAAGAGGAAGGCGACAUGAAGAGCCAGGUUCUGGCCCAGCAGGCAAGCCUGAAGGCCUACAACAUGAGUGGCUACAGUCAGGAAGCGCUUCAUCUUGUGUUGAGCAUCACCAGUCGCAGGCUCAUGCAGGUGCAGAUGGAGUACCAAGAUCUGCAGCAGAAGUGCAGCGAGCAGGAGGAACGCAUCGAGCUGUUGACCUCAGAGCAGAAGAGGGUGCGACAGGAGGAGCGUUCCGGCGUACAGCCCACAAUGACCGUUGAGUGGGACGUUUCUCACGUCGAUGGUUCCUUUAUGUGCAAGGGAGAGUCCUCCACCAGCCCUCAGUUCGAGAUAGCAGGCACCGGCGUUGCUGCUUGGCUUCGAUAUUAUCCACAGGGGACUACCUCGGCCGAGGACGAGUUUGCUUCUCUCUACCUUUUCGUGGAUAAGGAGUCAGUCGUCAGCUGUGAUGUGGCGGUAGACACAGAGCGCAAGAGCAUGGAGAACUCCCCCAUCAUCGCCGGAGGAGGGCGAGGCUGGGCAAACUUUGUGAAGGUUGGCGUGCACAAGAAGAUCUCAAUCUCUGUACACUCGGUCCAGCUGGCCGGCUCCCGGCUCACAUUUGUCUAUCACCAGGCUUAG